AUGAUGUCUUCGAGCGGGUUUCGUCCUUUUGAUGAUCUUUCCGAGCAUUAUGAAGAUGAAUGGCUGCAGUUGGGUCUCGAAGAUGAAACAUUGAAAUGUAGUAGUCCUCCUACAAGUGGAGCAACCGAUUUUGGCCUUACUGUAUCAACGCGGUCCUGUCCAUCACCACUUAGCCAUAUCCCGACCCGCGAACCUUACCCUUCUGAACCUCCACCGAAACUGUCCCCAGUGUCAGCGGAGCAGCAAACUUUCAUCACUUUAAGUAAUAGCCGUAUUCCUUCAGUACCUUCUGGUUCAUCGCAGCCUAUUUUGCAUCCCCCACCGCAGGUCCAAUCAUCCGAGCUCACCAGUGUUGAAUAUGAACUAAAUCCAGAUUUGAGCGUGCUUUCGAUACCCUCAAGCUCUCCACUUCUGAUUACCAAACCAGCAGAAUUGCAGUUUACUCAACCAUCCGUUUCGGGUCUUCAUCAAAAUGGAGAUUUCGCAUCGUUUGUGGAACUUGAACAAAGGGAGAAAAGAGCGGUUAUUCAACCUCAACAACACCCACCCGGUUGUGUCCAAGCUGUUAACGGACAGUGGUUUGUGCAGGCUCAAGUGCAGCAUGUUCAAACUAGCGCAGGAACAGUUAUAGCUGUAGUACCAAAUUUCUGUCGACCACAAACUCAACCAGCAGGGAAUAGUCAGAACUUGUCGCAAGGGCAAGUUUCGCAGUCGCAGUUGAUUGCACAUCCUAUAGGAAAUGGACAAACAGUUAACACUGGUCAAUCUGCGACUGUUGCAACGCAACAUGUGAUACAGAACCAUCCGCAUCAUCAGAUCCAGCAACAACAGCCACAACAAAUCGUGACGCGUAUACCUCGUUCACUUACAGUCGGCGUUACAUCUGGUGCACCACAACAGGGCCAGUCUGUUAUGCAGCAUUUGUUGUCACAACCAGCUAUUUCCCGUUCACAAGUUCAGACAGCAGUUCAGGCAGUGACAUCAGUCCCAGCAACCACCAAAAAACAACGGAAUUCUCAACCGCGAAAUGGACGCAGAAAGAACACUAAUCAGGGUGGCACUCUAGGCUCUGUUCUGAUAAAAGCAAACAAACUUGCUGCUGCUGCGUCAACUGAUGCAUCUAUAAAUCAGUUGUUACCCCCGUCGCAUGGGAUUGAAAUGAGGUUAAGUGUACAGAACAGCGAACAGGUGGCUAAUCUUUCUAAAGAAAUAUCGCGCUUACAAAAUCUUCAAACGGCUUAUAACGUAGAUCAUUCAGCAGAAAUAAAGGAACUCGAAAAUAAGCGAGCACAAAUCUUCUUUGAAGCUCUUGCGCAACAGCAUAACUAUGUUUUGCAUUUAAGAGACAAGGAUUUGUUGUCGGUGGUAAAUCCCAAGCCGAUGACUUUGACAGCUCACACUAGACAAAAGAAUCAUAACAGGAACAACCAUAAUAGUGGACAAGCAACUAUAGUGGUACAUCAAGUGCAGCCUUCUACAAGCUGCGAACAACAGCAUCAACAGCAAUCAGCGCAUCGGCAGCAGCAGCAGCAACCGAAUUAUGAAGCAGCAACACCAGCAAGAGUUCCGGUUUCUUACCAGAAUUCAUACCAAAUAUCGGCUCAUUACAAUCAGGCUCAUGAAACUGUGCAGAGCAAUCAAUUCAGUGUUCGUAAUAAUAGUCAAAUUCAUCAGGUGUCGACCACACAGUAUAGUUCAUACCGAGCAGUUGUCAGUCAACCAUCAGUGCAACAGAAUCAAGUACGGGAAAAUUAUAUCCACUCAGUGCCAAAUACUGUGCCGCAGGCUGUUAUUUUGCAACCGGAACAGCACCUCUCUCGUCGUGUAGUCCGUGAGGUGCCUUGCGAACCACCGCCUCCACCGGUACCAUUAUUUCCGCCACCAAAUCUUAGAUCGUCUGCUGAAACUGCUGCAUGUAUUGCGACGAAGAAAGCCGAAAGAACCAGAAGGAUCAACGAUUACUUUUUAUCGCUACAUAAUUCUGUGGAACAUCCAGACGUGUCAUCGCCUUUUCAUGAUCUCUCUGAUGCGCUUCAACGCCUUCUUCCGUUCCACGUCUAUUCCGAACCGGAUUUUAAUUCGGAAAUUUUGGAUACUUUUGAUUAUCACUGCCUGCGACAUUUUGUGCAUUUAAAUAACAGGAGACAUAUUGUCGAGCAACGAGUGCGAUCUGUGCUGUUUAAAGAAUCCAUGGAGGGACAUAGUAAAGCAGAUGAGUGCCUUUUACUUUCACUUGAUGCUGAACAUGAACGUCGUCUGCUGGAUGAGGAGAAACGAAUAGCGGUUGUCUGUGGCAGAGAAGAAUUCGUUGCAAAUUCUGCAAUAUGCAGUCAUAUGAGUGGAAUGGAUGUAGAAGGACGUCGGAAAGAAUUGGUACAGAAAAGUAUCCCAAAAUUGCAUUUUGAUUAUCAUACUUUCUCGGAGAGUGAAAUUGCUGCUCGUACUAUUAGUCCAUUCACAGCAUCUGACAGCGAAAAGUCUCCAGUUUCGAAGUCCACGGGUUCUGAUGACGAAGAAAAGGUGCUUUCCGAUCUGACUGAUGAAGUGCUGGUUUUUAAAGAGACUACAAUAACAAGUGAUACAGAAGGUGCAAAUGAUCCCGAUAUAAAGGAAGAUGUUACCAAAACAAAUGGCGAGAAAAACCUGGCUACAAGUGAUUGGACUGAUUCAAAUCCGUCACUCGAUUUACCCACUACAGUUACUUGUUGCACUUUACGGGAGAAGAGUGAUUCAGUAAGCUCGCAUCAAGAAUUGUAUUCGCCAGUCACUGAUGAUCUACCUGAACAAAUGUUUGUUGUAAAAAACACGGUACCUUCUAUUAAAUCAACCGAACAGCUGGAGGCUGUCAUUGCCUUAGCACAUGCAGCUACGCUGGAGAGAGUUUCAACAUCCAUUACUGCGGAAGAAAAGGAAGGCAUCGAGAACUGUGUUCCGGUGGAAGAUCGCAGUAAAAUUAGCGAGACGGAGGUAGGAAGCUGCGACAAUGAGAGCUCGAAAAUUUUGGAACAUAAAGAAGAGGCUGAAAAGCUUGAAAGACCGCCAAUCCGAAUAAAAAUCGCAUUAACUGAUGCCAAUUUGAAAAACUGUUUGAACAAAAGCAGUAGCAAGAAAAAUAAGGAAAAAAAGAAGAAAAAGAAGAAGAGGAAACACUGUGAUCCCAUGAAGACUUGCAGUGAAGAGGCAAAUGGUUUAUUGCCGAGUUGUUCGGGAUUGGAGGAUAUGAAAUCGGAAGAUGCUGCCUCUCAUCGUGAUGACACACCUCAUCCACGCAUUCUUAUGCGUAUAACGCGUAAAAAUAAUAUUGUAUCAGUGACGGAUCCGCGAACAAAUCAUAUAUCUCUGCAUAUAACACCAAAAAAUAAUGAAAUUGAUGAAGAACGAGAACCCCCUCUGAAGGUUCCAAAGUUGAAAAUUCGGCUCGGUCGAAAUGGGGAAGAGCAUGUGGUUGAUUCAGAACAACCAGUAGUGAACCAUGUAUCGAAAAGUGCACCACAUGAAAUGGAUAGGCUGAAAAUGACACUUGGAAAUAACGAUGUUAAUCGACUUAACCGACACAAGCGAACGACAGGAGUGGAUCACAACCGAAAAAUGACUAUUAUUAUUCCAAAAUCUGUGAUUAAAAAUUCAUAUACAUCUUGUAACCCCGGAAAUUCGAUCUCAACGACUGUCAGUUCUAACGCACAAUUUUCACCUAAUUCAGAAUUAUCGGACGAAGAAGAUGAGCAGCUGCGUGCACAGGCUGAUAGUGUCAUCAGUCGUUUAAAUGACUGGGGCACCAAAAAUCCUGUGGCGCACCAAACUGAUGCAAUUUCCCGGCUGGUAGGUACUGCACCGUUGGUAACACCGGUCUUGGAUCGGCUUCUUCCGAGUGACCCAUGGUUUUUUAGUAUGGAUAUGAAAAAUCGCUCAGCAGUCGAUUCCAAUGAUACUGUCCCUUCACAUAUGACAUGGCUUGCAUCUGCUGCCAGUCACCCGCGCAGUUUGAAAACUACAAUCAACAUCAGUAAGCCGAAUUAG